AUGACACAUACGUCACCAUCAAGGGGUGACCGCGCACCAAGAGCCGCUCGCCGGCGUAGGGCGACGCUAUGGCUAUAUGGCCGUAGGAGCAGUAGUGGCAAUGCCGUGAACAGCUACUUGCUGCAGCCGCAGCGACACGAGGAGAUUACGAGAAGGAUGAGCAGUAUCCUGGGCAGUAAACCGCCACGGGGGUGCUGCCAUGUCCAGCCCGAUCGAUUACAGAUACGGCCAGGACGAGGACGGUCAGUGGGCACGACCACGACGGCGAGAGCGACUCCAGCAGCCAUAGCAGGGGCGGCGGCGAACGGGAGGGCGCCGGCCGUUUCCCGGGCUGCCUCGGAGACGCGCGCUGGCCCGCGAAGACUGGCGGGGUUCAUCGAAUACAGACAGGCGUCUGUUUCAGACGAGGGCGGCGCAGAGGCGGGUUUUUAUGCACCACGGAGGGGACGCUCGUCCGGGAGGACAUGCCGGCAGAAGCAAGGGACGCAAAGCGACAGAGGCAGCGGGUAUUCUGACGAGCCGAUUCUGUCUCCUCCGCCCCCUGGGCCAGGGUCGGCAGAGUUACCGUUGAUCCUCAAAACAUCGGAAGCUGCCGAGGGGCCCCAUUCUGAACCAGAGCACCAAGACCGGGAUGAAGCUUGCGCCACUAGUGAUUCGGGCCGGGCCGAAGCGAGAGAGGUGGGGCUAGGAAGUGGGAGAAACGCACGUGUCAACUUCCAGGGCGAUGGCAUCAAGAGGGACAGGCGCGCGGACAGAGCAGGCGAGAGAGCAUCGUCGGUCGAAUCACACAGGGCGGAAACGAGCAGCGUGGCUGGCGUCCAUGUCGACGGCUCAGGCACAAUAAUAAGCUUGCUCCUUGCUCCAUAA